ACAGCUUUAAAAGGCAGAACUCUCUUCCUCAGAGCCAGAGUUAUUCAGCAGCGAAAGUGAUAAGAGCUUUCAAAGCAGAGAGAAGAAAAGUAGCGAAAAACUUGUCAAACAUUAGAAGAUCAGAAAACCUCAGUUGUUGAGUUUGAUUGUUUUCUAAAAAUGAAGAUGACAAGCAGCAAAAUCGCCAUCAGCUCUAUACUGGUUCUCCUGGCCUUGCUGUCCAUCACUGAAGGAAAAAGUCUGCGGGGGUUGGGGAUGGAACUACGCUGCCGCUGCAUCCAGACAGAAAGCCGUCAGAUUGGUCCUUACAUCAGGACGGUGGAGAUCAUUCCGGCCAAUUCUCACUGUAAAGAAUCUGAGAUCAUUGCCACUCUGAGAGGGACGGGCCUAGAGGUCUGUCUGGAUCCUGAAGCUCCAUGGGUCAAGAAAGUUAUUGAGAGGAUGAUGUCAAGCAGAAGACGUUGAAAAUCUCCAAACAGAAUUGUUCAAUGCUGGGCUGUUGGCGAGCACCAUCAGAAGUAUUAUUACCACGAGGAGACAAGAGGGGUAUUCCAUCAACCAAGCUGAAGGCAAAUCCGGGCUUAUUUCCUUUAGCCUCGCUAUUCUCAGCUAGAGCUGCGUUCCAUUAACGUGACUUAAGGGAAUCUCUGCUAAGUAACCAUGGCAACUUAUCCGACCACCCUGGUCGGUAGCAGACUAACUGUCAGGCUCAGGCCUACUUGAUUGGAGUUUCAGAAAAGUCUCAUCUCUCGGCAAUAAGUGCACCAUCAGAAGGUUCCGCCAAGCCUAGUCCUCACGAUUUUGUCAUAAAUGUACAUAUAUGAAGGAGCCUACUACAAACAGCGUAUAUUUUCCCUCAGGGUCUAAGAUGAAAUGAUGCAAAUAAAAUAAUUUCAUUAAUUGCUAUCUAUUGUUAUAGUGGAUAUUUUCUCAACACAUUUUUAUACAAGUAGGCCUACUAGAAUACUAUGCAUUCUAUCAUAAUUGGGAACCAGCAUUUGGGUGAGUGGUCUACCAUGUAGUACGGGUGACCUGAGUUCGCGUCCUUUAGGCUACGUCAUUGAAUUCUUGGUGUUGGCUUAUUUUUGUCCUUUAUAUUAGAGAAAUUAGGCCUAACUAUUGACUUUUUAUAUUAUAAAUAUGUCUUACAUCCCUAGAACCCAAAUAUAACUUUCAAAGUCCCAUGGUAAAGUUAAUGUUAAUAUUAAUGUUACUGAUAGUGAAGCCUUUGUGUCAAUGACAAAGACACUGUUUCUCGGCAGGCAGCCAAAACCACCUCUGUUUAUGGUCAAUCAAUUUAGAAUAUUCAAAGAAAUGGAAAAUA